AUGCGUCGGAUCGAAUCAGGGGCGAUACUUAAACCCAUCAACGUUUAUAACCCAAGUUCGUGCAAACGCCCUGAUGAGAGAAAACCGAGAACGCAGAACCCUAACGCUAACACGUAUACCAACAGCUCGAAGACCCAGAACCGACGUGGCAGCUAUAGGAAGCCAACGGAGACAACUAAGAAUUGGACUCAAGGUUCUACAACGUCUACAAAAGACGAUUAUGACAUGCCAGAUACAAUGACUGACGCAAACGAUAAGACGUCAAGUGCAUGCACUAUUGAAGAAAGUCAUUGCUCUCGACGUCAUUGCUCUCAUGUCCAAAAGUGGGACUACUCCCCUUCGUGA